AUGCGGAAUGCUGGCGUACAAGACAUCACCGUGGACAUGCACCCUGCCGAGAUGGAGCAUUACGCUGCCUGCGUGAUGAAAUCUCUGCUUCGACGAUUUACCCCGGUCAAAGCAGCGCUUCAGUGGAGAGGCAACAGCCGCGACAUUCGCGGCAAAGACGCGGGAAAUCUUUUGCUUCUCGUCAGGCAGUACAGAGGACGCCGAGCGUGGCAGAUGGUGGACUUUCUCUAG